UGGCGGCGCGGCUGGAGGUGCGGCUGGCUGGCGCUGGGGUCUGAGUGUUUCCACCUGGAGCUCUCGCGAUUUUGACCAUGUCGGACCCCGCGUGGCGAGACUCGCGUGGGCGCCAGGCCGAGCUCCCCGGAGACCUGUCCUCACAGGAGGAGGAAGAGGAGGAGGGCGAUUCCGAAGCCGGGGCCAGCGACUUGGACUCCCGCUCCUCAGCCAGCAGCGACACUGAUCUGGAGCCCGAGUGGCUGGACAGUGUGCAGAGGAAUGGCGAGCUGUUUUACCUGGAACUGAGUGAGGACGAGGAGGAGAGCCUCCUUCCGGAGACACAGACCGUGAACCAUGUCAGGUUCAGUGAGAAGGAGGUCAUCAUUGAAGAGGAUGACUCCAGAGAAAGAAAGAAGCAUGAACCCAAGCUCAAGCGCUUCACCAAGAUCCUGAAGAGCAAAAGACUUUUACCUAAGCGCUACCACAAAAAGAACAGCAAUGACAACGGGCCAGUGUCCAUUCUGAAGCAUCAGUCCAACCAGAAGACCGGGGUCACUGUGCAACAGCGGUACAAGGAUGUGACUGUCUAUAUCAACCCCAGAAAGCUAACCGUCAUCAAACCCAGGGAGCAGCUCAAACUCCUGGAAGUGCUGGUGGGAAUUGUCCAUCAGAGCAAGUGGAGCUGGAGAAGGAGCGGGAAGCCGGCUGAUGGAGAGAGGCUUGUGGUGCACGGCCUGUUGCCAGGAGGCUCUGCCAUGAAGAGUGGUCAAGUCCUGGUUGGCGAUGUCCUUGUUGCCGUGAAUGAUGUAGAUGUGACUUCUGAAAACAUAGAGAGAGUUCUGUCUUGCAUCCCUGGACCAAUGCAGGUGAAGCUGACAUUUGAAAAUGCCUAUGCAGUGAAAAAGGAAACAACCCAACCAAAAAAGAAAAAGCCACAGUCGAGCACGAACGAUUUGGUGAAACUUCUGUGCGGGUCGGAGGCCGACGGCACCCAGCCCAGCACUCUGGUGGCCCUCCACAUCACUAUGUACCUCUCGCUGCAGCUCCAGUCAGACGUCUCCAAGGAGGAGCAGGAGAUUCUGUACCAUUACCCAGUGUCUGAAGCCUCUCAGAAACUCAAGAGUGUGAGGGGGAUUUUUCUCACCCUCUGUGACAUGCUGGAAAGUGUGACUGGGACGCCAGUUACUAGCUCAUCCCUCCAUUUAAAUGGGAAACAAAUUCACGUUGCUUUCUUGAAGGAGUCUGACAAGUUGUUGUUAAUUGGCCUGCCUGCUGAAGAAGUUCCUCUUCCCCAGCUAAGGAACAUGAUAGAAGAUGUCGCCCAAACCCUGAAGUUCAUGUAUGGUUCUUUAGACAGUGCCUUUUGCCAGGUUGAGAACACUCCUCGCUUGGAUCAUUUCUUCAGCUUGUUCUUUCAACGAGCUCUUCAACCUGACAAGUUGCAUCUCAGCGCCAGCCCCAGUGCUCAACAGUACGAUGCAGCCAGUGCUGUGCUUUUGGACAGCCUCCCUGGAGUGCGUUGGCUCACACUUCCACAGGAGCUCAAGGUGGAACUGGACACAGUGCUGAGUGACCUUGAGGCCGCCGACUUUGAAGAACUGUCCGAGGAUUACUGCGACAUGAGACGGCUGUACACAAUUUUGGGAUCUUCUCUGUUUUACAAGGGUUAUUUGGUGUGCAGCCAUCUACCCAAGGAUGAUGUCGUUGAGAUUGCUGCGUACUGUCGCCAGUACUACCUGCUGCCUUUAGCGGCAAAGCAAAGAAUUGGCCAGCUGAUAGUAUGGAGAGAAGUCUUCCCACGGCACCACCUCCAGCCUCCUUCAGACUCAGACACCGAGGUCUUCCAGGAGCCUGAAGGGAGAUACUUUUUACUAAUUGUUGGACUGCGUCAUUAUGUGUUGUGUGUGCUGUUAGAAGCUGGAGGCUGUGCAUCUAAAGCUGUUGGGAAUCCUGGUCCAGACUGUAUCUAUGUAGAUCAGGUCAGAACAACUCUUCAUCAGCUGCAAGAAGUAGACUCCCGCAUCGAGGAACGGCUAGCCUCAUCACUGGGGCCCUGCCUGUCUUGUGCUGACUGGUUCCUUGCUGCACCACGUGAAAGGGCUGAUAGUUUGACCACUUCCCCUAUCCUCAGUAGACUACAGGGGUCUGCCAAAACAGCGACCUCUCCAACAUGCAGAAGAAGCUUUUUCAGUGACUAUUCCUUCAAGGCACGGAAGCCCAGUCCCUCCCGGAGCAGUGGUGGAUGUGAGCCUGGUGAAGGUGGAGAAGGUGUUGGUCUGAGCCCACACACUACCCCAGAUGCAGUACGGAAGCAAAGAGAAGCCGAUGGUUCGGAGGACAGCAUGGCAUUGCUUAAGCUCGCUAGGAAGAAGUCGGCACUUCCAAAUCCAUUUCAUUUGGGAAAUUCAAAAAAAGAACUUUCAGAAAAAGACGUGGAAGUCUAUAACACGAUGAAAUUGACCUCCGGUCCGGAGAAUACACUCUUCCACUAUGUCGCCUUAGAAACAGUGCAGGGCAUCUUCAUCACCCCCACCCAUGAAGAGGUGGCUCAGCUAGGCGGCUCCGUCCACGCUCAGCUAAUUAAGAAUUUCCAUCAGUGUUGUCUCGCUAUUCGUGCAGUUUUCCAACAGACAUUGAAGGAAGAGAGAAGGAGAGCGCUGCGUGGUGGAGAUUGUCUGGAGCCUGCAGACUCAGUGUCGUCUCUGACCCCCGUGAAAGAGCAUGGUGUGCUCUUUGAAUGCUCGCCUGAGAACUGGACCGACGAGAAGAAAAGCCCGCCAGUUAUGGCUUACUGGGUGGUGGGGAGGCUCUUCCUUCACCCCAAACCUCAGGAACUGUAUGUGUGUUUUCAUGACUCGGUCACAGAAAUUGCCAUUGAAAUGGCAUUUAAAUUGUUCUUUGGAUUAACAUUGUAGUUUUGUUUGUAGAAUACAAAGCAACAUACAAAUGGACCAUGCGACAGUGCCAGGAUGGCCGAAAUUUUCAUAUAAAGAUAAGGCUCAGCUCUGUCACUUUUCAGUAUUGAACUUCUCUUGUUAAAUGUUGAGAGGCAGUGCUGUUGGGUUGGUGUGUCAGACGUCCGAGCAGGUCAAACUAUGGAGAAAAGAUUGCUAAUUUAUUGCCAUUUUGGUAUACCAUGCUAACUUAUUGAAUAGUUUUAAAUAAUGUGAAUUCUUUAAUAAAAAAUUAAUAUAGAUAUUUAUUUGGGGAUCAUAUUCAACUCAUUUUUUAAAUUGAAACCCAAUGCUGACUUACACCUGGUGAAGGGAUCAUGGAACAGAAGAGAUGGCGAGCUCUGUGCUGUGAGGAGCCUCCACCUGUCGGGCUCAGAGAGUCUGUGUACUAAUAACAUUAUUACUGCACUGGGAGUUUUUAAAGUCCCUGUUAAGAAAAAUGUUUUCAUGGUGUGUAUUAGUCAGUAUCUAAAUUUGCAAUAUUUGUGUUCUGGUUUCUUAGCAAAUCAAAAGCCUUCUCAUUCGUCUUAAGUAUUUUAGUAGAUCCCUUACUGCAGAGGAAGAGGGGAAGGAUGGAAGUUAAGGUUAAUUUAUAUUUAUUCAAUUCUCUUUAUUCUUUGUGAUGAGCUUUAUUUUGGAUUAGGAGACUUAUUUUUAAAUUUUUAAUCAUCCAUAAGUUUUUUUUUUCUUCUAUUGAAGUACAUUCUGGUA